UGUAUGUAACUCCAAUCACAGCUCUUGCAGCUGCAUCUUCCCCACUAGGAGUUGUUGGAGGUGAAGUAGUUGGUCAUGGUGUUGCUACCUUGGUACUUCAAUCAUUCUAAAAGGCUCAAUAGGAGGGCUUUUGAUAUCAUCAUGCAGAGCCAACAUAUGUGAUGCUUACUUAUUGGAUCCCUCAAACCUCUUGUACACUCCCACCUAAUGCUUCUCAUCAAGUGGGAGUUGGAUGUUUUGUGCUUAAUGAUCAAAAUCAGGUGCUAGUGGUGCUGGAAAAUUAUGGACCUUUUAGAGGCACGGGUGUAUGGAAGAUUCCAACAGGAGUGAUUCAUCAGGGUGAAGAUAUUUUCACUGGAGCAAUCAGAGAAAUCAAGGAAGAAACAAUAGUAAAUGAUAUUAGACUCAAGCUAAUGGUUUAUUUUAAAAACCGGUGCAAUCAAACGAUAUUUAUGAUCUCUGGAAGCUAAGCUUGUAUUACUUAAUAGCAGUGGUGUCAAAUCUUUUAAGUGGUGUUUAACGUUUGUUUCCCCUUGGAGAUAUAGGGUUGAUACACAGUUCAUCGAUCUGGUAGGAUUUGGGUGAGGAAUCUCUUUUUUCAGAUAGAGAUACCAAGCAAUGGAAUCCUUCAUCUUAUUUAUCGCACUUUGAAUACAAUAAAUAUUCUUUCCUUUUUGGGAUUUUA